CACGCAUGUGACUGUAUCUUCCGAGCCGCUCUGAUGAUGACUUAAUGAGCCAGCCGGAAUCUGCUCUCUGACUCAAAGCACUAGCAGGCUACAAAUUGCGCUGUUCUUCCGCGGCUUCCUCCCCAUGAUCGCUGCUACGCCGCCAUAGCUUCGUUCCUUCCUCUUCGAUAAUCGAUACACUGGCUCAUCUCCCAUCAGUGUCACAGCAAUUAAUGGCGCCUACUCUCGCGACAAGGAGCAGGAGCCUCGUCCUGGGCUGCGGCCUCGCCGCCGUGAUCCUCGCCGUGGGCUGCCUGCCGUCCGGUGGCUCGGGCAUGGGCAUGCCCCGGCCGCAGCCGGACCUCAACUUCACCAUCGGCGUGGAGGGCGUCGUCUGGUGCAAGGGCUGCCGGUACCCCGGCUACAUCGAGUCCAGGGACGCGUCGCCUCUCCGGAACGCGUCGGCGCUGCUGCGGUGCCGGCGGCACGGGAGCCGCCAGGCGCUGUCGGUGUGGGGCGCCACGAACUCGCGCGGCUACUUCCUGAUCCAGACGGGGGCGCAGGCGGCGGCCUUCACCAGCAAGGACUGCAGGGUGUACGUGCCGCGGUCGCCGGCGCGCGGGUGCGCGAACCCUGCCCGGAGGAAGGGGCUGCCGCUCAGGUUCCGGAGGUUCGUGACGCGCCCCGACGGGCUGCAGGGCCGCUACGUCGCCGGCGGCUUCACGUUCGCGCCGCAGGACCGCUCCAAGUGCUGACCGCCUCUCACCCUCCUACUCCUGCUUCGUUCAUUCGGAACGGCGCGCGGGGCUCUGUAACUGUAAAUAAAUAAAGGCUCCUUUCAAAAUAAAUAAAUAAAUAAACCCCUUCCAGCGAGUUCA